CACCCACUUGCAACUGCAGCUGCACGCCAGCGGUGGUGGCGAUGCGACGUUUGAUGCAGGAGCCAAGAGGAAGGAGACGGAAAGGUUGGUGGAGCAGCACGUGAUGAAGGAGCAGAAGGUGAUACUGCAUGCACAGGCGAAUGUUGGGGAAUUCCCCUCGCUUAUCGCCAGCAAAUCGCCUGUUCCGAAAGAUGUCGCGAGAGCUAGAAACAGUUUACACAAAAUGGCAAGAGAUUUAGCAGAUCCCCGUGUAGCGGUUGCCAGAGAGACGAGCUACCAGCGAGCCAGGAGGCAGCUUAAAGCUGCAACGGGCAAGUUGGACCGCUUGCUGUACGCCAUGCGCCAACGGCGGGAUUACGCACAAGUGGAAGCAGUGGUGUUUGUGUGGGAAGAGGAGUUCCCGCACUUUGCAGGCCAACGCAAGCACUGGUCCGUCAUCUGCGAGCACUACGCCUGGGCUUUAAACAGCCAACAGCGAUUCCACGACGUCGUUGAUAUAUUCUCCAACUGCUACAGUGACGAUGAAAAGGAGGCACAAACCUCUUGUAGCCUCUACCUCUUGACACCGCGAUUGGCUCAGUCCAUUUUUGUUGCGCUUGGACAUCUUCGCGACGCUGACGGAGCGCUGCGACUGCUAGAUACGAUGCAGCGCCAUGGUGUUCAUGUGACGAAAGUAUCGUACUUUCAUGCACUGAAUGCUCUGCUGCAUGAUCAAUCAUUCACCGAUUUUGAGAGUGUGAUGCAGAUCUGCGAGGCGAUGAUCACGAAACUGCCUGGCGAGAUCGUCCCCUUGUCGCUUCUGCCGAUGGUUAUGAUGACGGCUGCUGCUUGUGGCGAAUCCAAACGGGCAAUGAUGUUUUAUAGUCACCCGCCAGACAUGCCCAUGUCGAUCUUCACCGAGUUUCGUUUUGAGAUCUGUUUACAGCAGCUCAACCAUUUGGGCGAAGACGAGAUGUUAAUGGAGGUUUAUCGCAAUUUGAUGACGUCGACAGAAGCAAGUUUCAAUCUCAAGGGGCGAGUGUCAAAGUACCUUUUCAGGAAGCGAGUGGCGCUGGCUACUGUCGGCACUCGCGACAAACGGCUUGACGUGGCGUGUGAGAUCUUGGAGAUUAUGAACCAGCACAACAUUUCCGUUAACCACCACGCGAUCUACCCGCUGGUGCGUACGCUGAUGCUUGAACCGUUGCCUUUAAAUUGCGUCGACGGUGAGGAGGAAGACAAACACGUAGAAGACGAACGAGGUCAAAUUCGGGUGGAGUCUGCGGACGAUCUACGCAACUUUUUCUCUCGGUUCCCACGUUCGCUAGAGUGGAAUGUAUUCACUUUAUGUGAAGCUAUUGUCGCUGGUGUUCGUGCAAAUCGUGCUGAUUUAGUGGAUGAUCUCUGUGUGUACGCGUUGGAAAGUGACAUGCCAAUCAAAUAUGCAGCUUUGGAGCAGGUGGUGGUCUACUACUAUCGAUUGGGUCUCAUUAAAGAUCUGGAGCGCGUAUCUGUUAUGGUACGUGCACUCCGUCUGAACAAGCACAUUCCUUUGGGUAUCGCAGUGACCGAGAUUGGAAUGGCAGCCAAUUUCCGCCUUCAUCGAUACGAGGAAGUAGUCAUGCUUUUCGAGGAUUUCUCGUCGCUUGACGGCAAGAAAAAACGGAUUUUGAAGCGGCAGUUUAUGCUGCGGACAGUCCUUAAUGCGUAUAAACACUUGGGGCGUGGGGAUGAAGCGAUGGCGAUUCAAGAGCUACUUCGCCAAUUUCACGGCACUCUGUUAGACGACAGUGUCGAAGGAGAGGACGCUAAUAAGGAGAUGAGGCUGGAUGGAGAAAGUAACGCAGUAGAGAACGAACUGACCGACAAUAGCAAUAGUGAUGAGACUGGCGAACGAGAGCGAGAAUCGUUACGUCGCUUUAGCGUUCACAACUCGAGCUAG